UUGCUUUUAUCUACCCCAACUUAGUGUUCUCGCGGCCGUCUGUCAUUAUAUCUAAAGCCUAACGACUUUCUUUUUGUACGAUAUGUGGUGGAACAACGAAUUAGUAUAAUGUCUCCUGAUGCCGUGUCGUUAUUAUUUCCCGAUCGGCCUAUUCGGCCCCUGCCGAAACGCCGACUUCGGGAAAGGUUAUCCCCAGAGGUAGCCAACUCGAUCAAGUAUCCCUCCAAUAUCCACGACCAUAUACCUCUAUUCUACUAUCCAUCAUAUACUACGAGAGACGACAACGGGAUAUCCGCUUUGGCAUCAGUUGGCCCCACUCUUCAACCUCAUCGUGAUGAGUCUAGAAGGAAUUCUACGUUGCGACGGAAUGGGGCAGUUAUGGCAGCUGUAUUCAAGGAAGAGCUGCGAGAAACUCUUAUGAUGGGAUCGUCGCCGAAAAUCCAGAGUGUGGUAAUACAAGCUUCUGCGGCGUUAGACCCUCUUCGCCAGACGAUGGAAUUACAAGUGAUACCAUCUGUUGCUUCAUCGGCGGACGGCUACGAGUCUUUUGAAAACACCAACAACAAGAAGAAGCGGAAAAUCCCCACAACUGGAGAUUCCUUAGCAAACAACAGCCUUUCUUUGGACGGCGAUACCAAUGCGUCAUUGAUACCGAAUUCCAUGCGAGCUCGGUCACCGGUGGCCGAAGUAUCCAGUUAUAAAACAUCGCUGGCCCCAGCUGCGACUGCGGGAAACAACUCCUAUGUCUCAAGCAGCCAAGGAUUAUCUGGAUCUGGCAGAGGGAGACUUGGGCGAUCUCAUAACGGACGCAGUCCCUUGCGAGCUUUGUCAGAUGGAAGCAAUGUCUGGUCCGGCCGUUCAAGGGCUACUUCAUCCCAGUGGGCACCGGCCGGCCAAACUGGAAGUGGUAUUAUAUCUAAUGCCAUUGCUAUUGCCGAGAAAGAACCUUUCCAAGGACAGGAGAAUGGAAGUCUCCUGCAGCCGCAUGCGACUGCAUACAAGGCAAUGACUGCUUCCACUCAGUUCACAUUCACUUGUGAACCGCAAACACCCGGAGCUAUACAGUGGCCAGGUCGCUCUACAGGCCAAAGUGUGUCAACUCAGUCGUCACAAAAUUUACCAGCUGCGCCUCCUCCUAGCCCCAGUCUAGCACAAGGUAGCUCAUCAAAGCAAGUCAGUAAACACCCUGCUAGUUCUACUCGAAAAACUCGCAGCCAUCUAGAGAGGGAACUGGCCAUAGCUGCACGCCAUCGACGGCAAAUUGCUACAGAAAACUACUAUCAUAGCAUAUUAGACUCGGCUGAGAUCUGGAUUUGUGAAUUCUGCGAGUACGAGCGCAUAUUUGGCGAACCCCCCCGCACUCUUAUUCGAGAUUACGAAAUAAAGGACCGUCGACAUCGCCAGGAGGAAGCAGACCGAAAACGAUUGUUAGAGAAGGCAAAAGCAAAAAGCAGAAAGGGGAAGAAAAACAACAAGGCGUCCGCAAAAAGCGGCAAUGCGAACGACCAUAUCUCAGACCAGCCUCAUGUUACACGGCCAACCGACAUUUCGCCCGCCAUGACUAAUGAACAGAGCCGUUCCACACACUCUGGCGACAGAUAUGAAGACGAUUAUGAAGAUAGUUAUUCAGACGCACCGCCCAGACACAACUCAAGUGCUGUGGCCACCCAUGUAGAUCCGCUGCCUCCACCGCGAGCAAAAACUUAGGGCUCUGGUCGGCUGUGUGGGUGGCAUAACUUGUCUAAGCAGUUGCUCUAUGAGAAAUGAAUAUCAUUUAUGUUCAAUCUGUAAAUAUGCUCAUGACUCCCUCAGUGGAUUAUGAGCAAUUGCAUUGCCGAUUCAUCAAGUGACUGGAUUUAGACAUACGGAUCUUUUAUUAGUAUAGAUACCCGAGUAAGCCACAAAUCAAAU